AUGGCGGAGUACGAGGCGGUGCAGAAAGGCCCCCUGCGCCUGAAGAGCGGCGCCGGCGUGGCCGCGGCAGGAAAGAGGAAGAAGAAAAAAGACAAAGAUAAAAGCAAAAUCGUGGACCAGACUGUGAGCAGCAAAAACCAGGAGGAGGAGAAGAAGCGAACUCUGGACAAGCGGACUCCAGCACAGCUGGCCUAUGAGAAGAUGCAGGAGAAGCGGCAAAUGGAACGGAUUUUGAAGAAAGCCUCCAAAACCCACAAACAGAGAGUAGAGGACUUUAACAGGCAUCUGGACACUCUGACAGAGCAUUACGACAUCCCCAAAGUCAGCUGGACUAAAUGAGGAUCUUUCAUUGUCUGGUUUCUGGAGGUUGUAAAAGGAUUCAGAAAAGACAGCUGAUGUGUUUGUGGCUGGAUGUUCUCUUU